AUGACGUCGUUGCUGCUGCUCUUCGCGCUUCUGAUGCCAGCGGCUUCCGGACUCGACGACCUCGUCAUUGAACGUCGCGCCAACCGUGUCGAGUGGGACGACCUCUUCAUGGAGUACAGCCGAUACCACGCGCCGAGCUCUUUUCAAACCGUUUGUUACCUCUGUUUUUUUAGAUCAAGUGUUUUGCCUGAUGCACACUGAGAUCAACUGUUGCAAAAAAAAGAUUAGCGAAACGUUAGAAAAUUCGAAAUUCUCGAAACUCGACGCAAGGUCCUGUUCGAUAAUUCCCGCAAAAUGCAAAGACGCCUAUUUUGAACACUUUUAACACGGCAAAAAAUUGAGCCCCCGAACGAACUUUCUACUCAGUUUUAGUUUUUUUUAAACAGUAUUUUGAAGCAUGGCUCUUCAUAUCCAAAAUUAAGCCUUUGAGACAAGGCCAAAAAGAUGGAUUUUUGUAGAGACUUUCAGUCAUUAAACAAAUUAUUUUCUCCUGGUUCGUUCUUUUGAGCCGCAGCUCAUACCACACAUACAGGCCUGACCUGGAAAAUUGAUUGAAAAAAAAGUUUCAUGAUAAGCCAAUCACUUUUCUUCAGAAGCAAUCAGAGAAACCCUGAAUUUAUUCUCCAUACGUUAACAUUCGCAGAUAAACGUGACGUUCGACUUCGUAAACUUCCGACAGCCAGUGUACAACACCUUCUCUUGUAUUCUGGAGCUGACGCAGGUUUGGAACGACGACCGACUGCGGUUCAACGGCGUCUCUUCUGUGCCGGUACUGAACUUUCCCCGCGUCAAAGAUGCUCCAACGCUUCCAGGUCCCCUCUACCGUUCAUCCGUGGACGCCGGACUCUUACAUUCGCAACGCGCUGAGGGACGAGGUCGCCCAGAAGUCCCUGUCGCUGAACUUUGACGGCACAUUUGCCCUCAAGCAAAGACAUUCGACGAAGGUUGCCUGCGACUGGGACCUCCGAGAUCUCAAUUUGGUUCGUCUUUUUGUGAUCAUUUAGCUUUUGUAAAUAUAAUCUGAACACACUGACAUUUCAGCGAGCGUCUAUUUUCAGGAUAAACUCGACAUAAUGAACUGCUCGCUGGUUUUCUCGUCUUUCGAUAACUUCGGCACGACACAGAUCGUGUAUAAUGUCGUGGAAACGAUCAUUGAGAACAAGACGUUUCUAGAGAAGUAUGAGGUCAAAGUGACGAAAAGAACAUUGAAAAGCGGUUCCUUCUCCGAUGUCAAUGUUUCCUUCUUGUUGCACAGAGCCCCCAAAGACAUUGCCGAAGACGCCGCCCAGAAGGCCCUGCUGACAAGAAUGAACGGCAACGACACGUCCUUAGACUUUUGAAGAGGCCUGUCUUCAGGCUUAGGGAUCUCGGCCUUAGAAUGUGGCGAAAGGGCCUGAUUGCAUCUGGAAAAUGAUUUUCGCCAUAGCAUCAUUCGUUCCACGCAAAUUUCAUCUCUCGAUUCCGAAUUCAUCCCCAAUAAUCCAAACGUGUACUUUUUUCCAACUGAUUGGCACACAGUGACUUUCCCCUUACUUUCGUAUAACUACUAUUCAUUUAUCUUCUUUACUGGUACCCUUUUUUCUGUUGAACAAUUGUGACUACUCUCAAAACAGAGAAAUAAAACUUUUCCUUUCUCUACCCAUUCCAUCACAGUUUACGCUUCGGAUCAUGCUUUUCUUUUCGAGACAAUUAGGUUGGGUAGUGCAGAAAAAAGACGCGGUGCAGAACAGCCUGCAGCUGUUUACGAGUGUUUGCGACAAAAACAGAAAACAGCCGGGGUGGGAAAGAAGCGACUCGCACGUCUGGACUCUCCAGGCGAGAGGACAGCUGGCCUCCGCCUUUUCUCCACAUCUCCGUCGAAAAAUUUGAAUCGCCGCUUCGCCUCGGGUAAGAAAUGUGGGACGAGCUGUCGAUGCUCUCAGUUCUACUCGUCGUUCUUCUAGUCGUUCUCCUACUUCUGCUCCUUUUCGUCGCCAUUCAAUGCAGACGAGAGAGCCGCUCUUUUUCUGUCAUAGUAAGUGCACUUUACCGCAAAAACUACUUUGUAAAAUUCGAAAUUUAGAAAAAAAGGCGUACGAAAGUUCUUCGAACAUUGACAUAAACGAAACACCUUUUCUAGAAAAGUUUCACUAUAUUUAUGCCUUCAGAUUAGAAGAGCAUUGUGAGUGAUUGACAGGAAAAUUUUUCAAUUGUAAUUCUAAGAGGAAAACUAUACGCUGUUACAGGACGAAGAAAUCAACGAAACUAAAGAAAUCGCCAUGUCCGCAUAG